AUGCCUGCGGACUACUUUUCGGCGGUGGAUUUGGACCUGCAGCGGCUGAUCCCGCUGGUCUGGACCGAACAGACCGAGGUUGCAGCCGCCAGUCCAGGGCUGGGCACGGGGCCCAGCAGCGGCGCAGCGCCCGCAGCGGCGCCGCACGUGGGGACGCUCAAGGGCAAGCGCGGGCCGCGGCCAGGCGCGGAGCGCGCGGCUGCGCCCCCGUCCGCGGAGCGCAGCGCCGCGGCAAGCGUCGCCGAGGCAGCAGCGGCGGCCGCCGCCGCGGCGGAGGCCGCGGCUGCGGCGGCAGCCAGGGCGGCGCUCGCGGGGCCCGCGGGCGGCCAGGGGCGCGCGCCGCGGAUCGUUGUGAAGCUUCCUAAGGCCAUGGCAGCCCGUGCGGGCGGCCCCGCCGCCGCGGGCGGUCUGGGCCCCGCAAACGCGGGCGUGCAGAAGCGCCUGACCCUGAAAGUUGGCGCAGGGACACCCAUGCCGGGCGGCGCUUGGUGA